AUGCGCGCCGCCGCCAUGCGCACCGUCACACGCAGGCAGUUCUCCAUGAUCCAGUCGAUGCGCAGCUUCGCACGGAGCUUCGAGUCGCACCCGUUCGAGCGCCUGCCCGCCUCGACCCCCAGUCACGCGCUCGACUGGUCGCUGCCCAUCAAGGGCCUGGCCAAGAAGUCUGCCCUCUACUUCCCGUUCAUGGGCGUCUUCCUCGGCUGGCCGCUCGUCGCCGCUACCGUGGCCGACGGGCACAUCCAAUGA